UCAUAAAUGGCACCCGCCUUUUCUAGCUGUGCGCGCUCCCUGGGAGCGCGCAGCACCGCGAUCCGAUCCUGUGCGCGCUCCCUGGGACACAGUGAAACACCGAUCAUUGGACGGGACCUCUGUACGAGGUCCCGAUCAUUUGAUCACUGAUUGGCGAAUCAGUGAUCACAUGCAAAGUAGUAAGCAAGAUGUCACUUGUGACAUCAUUGCUUACUACGUGUGACUUCUGUGAAUGAUCACAGAGGUCACAUGGUACAAGGCUAUUCACAACAGCCUUGUACCAUGUGACAAGCUGUGACCAAUCACAGCUCAC